CGCAAUCCCACACGUCGAGAGUGUAAUAAAAAGCAAAGACAUUUCUUCUCCUCUAUACGCAAUCAUAUCAAUCAAUAUCGAAGUGCGUUUCUCGUGAAUCUCAUCUGCGUUAGAAAGCAAUCUCACACCUCUCUUCCCCGGCGACAACGAAGAUCAACAACAUCCAUGGCGAUAAGGUCAGUAAAAGUUGGCAAUCUCUCCUCAGGAGCAACAGAGCAUGAUAUCAAAGAGUUCUUCUCCUUUUCUGGUGAAGUUGAAACCAUUGACAUCCAAGGCAGUGGCGAGCAUAGUGCUUAUGUCACAUUCAAAGAUCCUCAAGGAGCUGAGACCGCUGUUCUCUUAUCAGGUGCGAGUAUUGCCGAUCAAUCAGUCACCAUUGAGUUGGCUCCUAACUACACUCCACCUGCUGCCCCUCAUGCUGAAACACAGAGCGGUGGUGGAGGCGCUGCAGAAGGCGUUGUACAGAAGGCAGAAGAUGUUGUGAGCAGCAUGUUAGCAAAGGGUUUCAUCCUCGGGAAAGACGCGGUCGGCAAAGCAAAAGCCUUUGAUGAGAAACUCGGUUUCACUUCAACCGCAACCGCAGGAGUUGCGUCCAUAGACCAAAAGAUCGGUCUAAGCCAAAAAUUCACAGCUGGUACAACCUUGGUGAACGACAAGAUCAAAGAGGUGGACCAAAGCCUCCAUGUUUCAGAGAGAACCAAGUCUGCAUAUGCUUCGGCUGAACAGACUGUGAGCAGCGCAGGAAACGCCGUGAUGAAAAACCGUUAUGUGUUAACCGGUGUGAGCUGGGCCGCAGGAGCGUUCAGCAGAGUUGCUAAAGCUGCUGGAGAGGUUAGUCAGAAAACAAAGGAAAAGGUUGAAGCUGAGCACCCGCCACAACCGUCACAGUCUCAGGAGCAAUUACCUGAAGGGUAUGCUCCAAUUCAUUCGUCUGAAUACUCCAAGAAAUAAAUCUCUUUCUUGUUGGUUUCUUUGGUAUGUUAUAACAUAAAAGCUAAGCUUGGAACUUGUCUAUAUAUAUAUAUUCAAUAAUCUAAACAGUUAUACAUAGAAAUAAAUGUAAAGACAGAAAUCAAAUUAACCCGUUCAGACCA